UCUCAUCGAAGAAGACAAAAGCGAAAGUUCGCUGGACGACCUGAGACAAAGCCCUGCUGGACAGAGAAUAAACACACACGCAGAGAAUAAACACACACGCAAUGUUGCAAGUGUUGAUAAAGGAGAGACUCAUGGCGGCUGCUGAUGAAAUAUUUGCUCUCUUUGAAAGGACGAUAGCGUCGUACGAGGAGGAACUUUAUCGAACAAGAGGGACUAAGGCUCGACAUUUGAAAGCUGUAAGCGAGGUCCCAAUUGUGUUAGACUUUGAAGACGUCCAGCAGCGGAUGGGCUGUCAAGAAGGGUGUCGGCCGCAGUGGGGGAGCUCCACUUCCAGGCAGGAGUAUCCACAGGCCCCUCAAGUUAAAGAGGAAGACAAGGAACUUUGGAUCGCGCCGAAGGAAGAGUGUCUGCGAGGGCAGGGGGAGGCUUAUCUCGCCAAGCUUCCUCUAGCUGUUGUCUCUGUGAAGACCGAAGACCAUGAAGACAAACCACCUGACUCCUCACAGCCUCACCGCAGUCCAGACGUCCAGCAGUUGAUUGGUCGGCAAGAAGAAGGUCUUUCUUAUCCGUAUGCGGGGAGCUCAAAUUUAGAGCAAGAAGAUCCACAGCGCAUUAAAGAGGAGGAGGAUGAACUCUGGAUUAGUCAGGAAGAAGAGUGUCUUUUAUGGCAGGAGGAGGCUGAUCUCACCAAGUUGCCACUGACUGUUGUUUCUGUGAAAACUGAAGACCAUGAAGACAAACUACAGCUUCAUUAUACUCUCAGGGAGAAGAACAAAGGGGCGGAGCCUGAAAGCAGCAGCAGAUUACCACGAAACCUGAGGACAGAAGCUGACGAACACCACUGUGGACAAUCACUAGCAGACAACCUCUUAGCUCCACUAUCAGGCAGUGACUACACGUCACACUAUCCAGAGGAUGGAGCCAGAGACGACACCCAACAGCCUUUGAGCAGCGAUACAGACUGUGAAGAUGAUAUUAAGACUGAUACCGACAUCCAAAACUCUGAAUGUUCUAAACAAAACAUGUGUAAAAAAUGUUUAACCUGCUCAGUUUGUGAUAAACCCUUUUCUUAUAAGAGUGACCUAGCUCAACACAUGCGGACGCACACUGGAGAAAAACCUUUCAGUUGCUCUAUUUGCCUUAAGCUGUUCUCUGUCAAAAGUAAUAUGCGUUCGCACAUGAAGAGACACACGGGACAAAGACUUUUCAGUUGCUCAGACUGCGGUAAAACGUUCUUUCAAAAGGUACACAUGCUGUCCCACAUGAGAACGCACACGGGGGAAAAACCUUUUAGUUGCCUGGUUUGUGGCAAAACGUUCUCUGAGAAAAAUUCUGUCAGGUUACACAUAAGAACGCACACGGGAGAAAAACCUUUCACCUGCUCGGUUUGCGAUAAAAGAUUUUCCCGAAAGACGUUGCUGGUGUCACACACGAGAACGCAUACGGGAGAAAAACCAUACCAGUGCUCAAUUUGCGGAGACGGGUUUUCUCGGAAGUCGUCUUUGAACAAACACGUGCAGAGCCACUGAUAGUUUGUCUGGCUUCCAUACAGUUGGUGUUAGAAGUGUUUAAGUGUCUUUAACACAAAUCUAUAGACCGUUUCCCUUCCCUAAUAUAUUUUGUUUGAUGCUGUAUUUAAUUCUGGACUUUGAAUGCAACACAUAAUCAUUGUUGAUGUCUCUGUCAAUGAAUGGUGUCUAAUGUAUCGAUCAACUUGCUGGUUUUAUCUUCAUACUCAUAGUGCAAGUCAACUGUUACUUCUUCCAAAAACCAGGAUUAUAUAUCUUUAGUAAAACUGAUAACACUUUUCAUAUCUUGUUGAUGUACUUUAUUUGAUGUGCACCAUGGAAAGCGUUUGUCACUCUUGUAUAUGCGCAUGCUAGAAAGGAAUUUGUGCCGUCGUCUAUUUGCUGGUGACUAUUUCCCGUUAGAUUUUCCAUACGAGUUCAACGAAGACUGUUGAUUUUUCUUCUUUAUUUUAAUAUAUGACCUGUUUUAUAUUGGAUGAUAUUGCAGUACUGUUUUAUUAAGAGUAUUUGAUUUACAAAUCCCAAAACCAGUUAGGUUAGCAUGAUGUGUAGAUAAAAAAAAGAAUAUAAAUGAUUUGGAAAUCCUUUUGAACUUAUAUUCAAUUUAAUAGACUGCAAAGACAAGAUAUUUAACAUUUGAAUUGGAAAACUUUUUUUUUUUGCAAAUACUAGCUCAUUUGGAAUUUGAUGCCUGCAACAUGUUUCAAAAAAGCAGGCACAAGUGGAAAAAUAAGACUGAGAAAGUUGAGGAAUGCUCAUCAAAUACUUAUUUAGAACAUCCCACAGGUGAACAGGCUAAUUGUGACAGGUGGGUGCCGUGAUUGUGGGCGUAGUUAAGAGGGGAGGAGUAUAUGUACAGCUACAAUUCACCAAGUCAAGUAUUUUAUAUAUAUAUAUAUAUAUAUAUAUAUAUAUAUAUAUAUAUAUAUAUAUAAUAGAAAUACUUGAAUUUCAGUGUUAAUUUAUUUACACAUAUGCACACACAUAACCCUCAUUUACUCAUUGUUGAGUUAAGGGUUGAAUUGUCCAUCCUUGUUCUAUUCUGUCACUAUUUUUCUAACCAUAUGCAUGUACAGUAGAUAGCAGUAUUGUCCUGUUUAAGAGUGUCACAACAUUGCUGUUUACGGCAGACGAAAACGUUACUGCUGUUGUUGUGUGUUGUUACCGCGCUGGGAGGACGUUAAUGUAACUGCCUGACAAUAAACCCACAUAAGAAACCAAGAACUUGCCCUGGAUAAUUCUACAGUCAUAACGUCAUUGGGCAGACACGCUGUUUGUAUUGUGGGAAAGCGGACGUGAAAACAGGCUGUCCUCACUUAGGUCCGCAUGGAGCUGGAGGGGGCAUGGCCUCCAGCUCCAUCUGAAUUUCGGGAGAAAAUUUGUCCCGGGAGGUUUUCAGGAGAGGCACUGAAUUUCGAGAGUCUCCCGGAAAAUCCGGGAGGGUUGGCAACUAUGUUGCAAACUGACACUCGGUUAAGGCUACGUCCAACACAUUAUAGGCAGUUUAGCAUUAAUAACCGUGCUAUAUUUGAUGUAUACUUACAUUUUAGUCAGGAACGCACUCGAUGCUGUUUACACCAUCACUUAAGAGCCCAUAUUAUACAGAAAAACACUACAAACAGGAAAUGACAUCCCAGACUAGAUCGCCGAAAUAGAAGCACAGGAAACCUAACGUCUUAAAACUGUGUCAUAAUAUUGAUGGUAUGAAGCCAAAAUGCUUAAAAAAGAUUAUAUAUAUAUAUAUAUAUAUUCCACAUUGGGCCUAGUAUGCAUUUUAUGAAAGUGAAGGCAUACUUUUGUUAGAGAAUGUAUUAUUUUGAUCGAAUGUUGAUGAGGACAAUAGCUAGAGACUUGCAAGAAAAAAAGGAUAUUUUUCAUGAAUUAAUAAAGUGGUUAUUUUCCAACAGGUAUGACUCAUUUUGACGAAAAAGGCUUUGUUUACGUGGAUUAGUUAUUCAAGUAAAAUAACUAUUUGAAUUUUUUACAUUCUCUCGCAAACAAUGUCAGCUUUAUUCUUGGAUGAAUAAAAAAUGUGAUUCUAA